AUGCUCAUAGACACUGGGUCAUCCAAUAUGUGGGCCUACUCCAAGUCUUGCGGAACGGAAGAAUGCUUCCGUAAUUUCAAAGGAACUAAUCGCUUCAAUCAGUUUGUAUCAACGACCUUUGAAUCGGCAGGAAAUCGUGUCUUUGACAUGACAUACGGAGGCGGAACUGGGAUUGCAUACAAGCUCGGGAAGGAAAUUUUACAAAUUUCCGGAAUAACAAUCAACAAACAGUCAAUAGGCACAGCAACUAAUCUGGUCAAUCAACAAAUAACUUUCGAUGGCGUCGUGGGUCUUGGGCGAGACGCGAACGUCAAUCCGUCUGACCUUGUAGGAAAACUCACGACUCCGGCGACUACAAUGUUCAAGCAGCACCUGAUUAAAAGCAACAUGUUCUCCCUCCUUCUGAACAGCUUUGCAGAUGGUGGCGGCGGUGAGCUUUUGUUUGGAGGGGUAAAUAAUUCCCAUAUUGAAGGUGAUAUUGUUUACGUUCCUACCGUCAGUAAAGACCAAUGGAGCGUUGAAUAUACUGCAAUAUGCGUUGGAUCAACGGACAUUAAGAGAUCAGCACCAGAAGCAGUUCUGGAUACUGGAUCAGACAGCAUAUAUACUACAUGUGGCACGGCGGAAGCUAUCUACAAAGAGAUUCCGGGAGCACUGUUUGAUAAAACUGGUGAUUGGAUUGUUCCGUGUGAAUUGCCUGAUGAGGUGUUUGUAGCGUAUCAAAUUGGCGGCGUCAAAUGGCGUGUUCCAGCAAAGGAUCUUGUUACUGGGCCCGUGGUGGGCAAGGAUGGUUAUUGCAGAGGAGCAAUACAAGCAGACGAGCUUCCGUUUGACAUUCUUGGUGUACCAUUCAUUAAGCAGUUUUAUACAGUAUUUGACUCUGAUAACGAAAGAAUUGGUUUGGCUAUAAAGAAGUAA